AUGAUUGAACUCAAUCCUUACGAGCUGCUCCUUCCCUAUGUGGCUAUAGCCAGUCUUAUAAUUGGUAAGAUAUUAGGCUCAGGAGUUAGCAAGGGAGAAAAUGACCCUAUUGGGCAUCAACUUUGGGACACAUACGUUGAUGCUCUUCGAAAGGGCCCUGUUGAGAACGCUGGACAACCCUCGUCCAAUGAUGAAAUUUCUGAAGAACUGGAUCAAAGAAUUCAGUCUUCUAAAGGAAAGGAAGGCCUAGAGAAAAUCGGCAAUGAAAAUGUGACCACUAGUGAUGACACAUCUGAGGACCCCGCAGAAGGGGGAGCGGUGCUAACCAACGACCCGGAUUCGAAGAAGCGUGCUAAGUGGCUUACCGUAUCGCUCUUUGAUGAGAUACUAAGCAUGCUUCCUGAAUUCCUUGCCCAUAAUUUAGCUUCGCGCCUUUCAGCGAAACCAUCGGAAGAUUUUCCUGAAGAUAUGGCGCAAAAAGUCGGUCACAACCUUAGAUUGCUUUUGAAAACCCGAGGUGGCGCGCUAUGUGUUGUUCAAUCGCUCGACAAAUUGCCACUACACAUGGCUCAACAAGUGGCUAGAUAUCUUAACUUGGCUGAUCUGAGCCCACCAUCUGCUGGUCCCGGUGAUCAUCAGGAGAUGGCGCACUGUUGGGAGAAGUUAUCAAAUUACCAAGGUUCUUCAGCGCUGUCUGCAAACGAAGUUGCCCACGGGAGCUUAAUUGAAAAGAUUGAUGAUUGCAGCAAGAGGCGCCUCCAAAAAAUAAUUGGCCGUAUUGCCGAUUACAAACCUAUGUUAGGUUUGGAUGAAGAAUACGUGGAGCUUGCUCAAGGGCUCAAGAACAGAGAUGAUAUCGUGUUGCCUGCCAAUCUCGCCAAGCAACUUGCUAAAUUGAAAUCUGGCAAACUCUCAUAUCGCUUGGAUGUAAAAAUCGGGCGCCACCUUGCUCAAGUGUUACUGGGCGGGCCUGUCAAUAUCCCGAAUGAAACUUUAGAAGCCAGGUGGCUGCGCAAUCACCGCCAAGAGGCCAUGAUGCAACACAUUGUGAAGGCGUUAGAAACGCCCUCGAUGAUUAGCUUCGACGAUGAGAAUUAG